GGUUGAGGAUAGAGUUGUUGAGAUUAGAUAGUUUCCAGAACCCUUUGCCUACUUCAAGUCAAUCCGACACUGUUUUUAGGUGACCCUAUAGAUAUUGUCGUGAAACAUCUGCUUUAAUUUCUCUGUUUCUCUCCCAAUUUUGGUGAAAUGGGUGGUGUUCUUGCAAUCGGGCUCUUGCUUUGUUCCUUGGUGUUGCUUUUUGAUCCUUCAGUUUCACACCCUUUAUGCAUUGAUUCAAGAGCACCUUCUACUUUGAGCACACCACUCAAGUUCUGUUCUUACAAUGGAACUGCUUGCUGCAACUCCACAGUAGAUUCACAGAUACAGAAGCAAUUCCUGUCCAUGAACAUCUCUAGUUCUGCUUGUGCUUCUCUCUUGAAACCAGUACUUUGUGCUAGGUGUGAUCCAUUUGCAGCUGAGCUAUUCACAGUUGCAUCUGUACCAAGGCCAGUUCCUAUACUAUGCAACUCAACUCUUCCUUCAGCAAAUUCAUCCCAGUCUUUGAUCCAAGUCACAAGUGACUUCUGCUCCAAUUUAUGGGACACAUGUGAAAAUGUCUCCAUAUCGAACUCCCCAUUUGCUCCUUCACUGCAAGGCCAAGCUGGAAUACCUGUGAAUUCCACUGUUAGUGAGCUAACCCAAUUCUGGCAAUCGAAAGCUGAUUUCUGCAAUGCAUUUGGUGGAGUUUCUAGUGAUGACUCGGUGUGUUUUGAUGGCGAGCCUGUCAAACUGAAUGACACUGGAACUCCUAUCCCCCCACAUGGUCUGUGCCUUGAGAAAAUUGGAAAUGGAUCUUACCUCAACAUGGUUGCUCAUCCUGAUGGCUCAAACCGUGCAUUUUUCUCUAGUCAAGAGGGUAAGGUUUGGUUGGCAACUAUUCCUGAAGAGGGAUCAGGAGAAGUAAUGGGGCUUGAUGAGUCCAGUCCUUUUGUGGAUUUAACUGAUGCAGUCCAUUUUGAUACUGCGUUUGGAAUGAUGGGUAUGGCUUUUCAUCCCAAUUUUGCGGAAAAUGGAAGGUUCUUUGCUUCAUUCAACUGUGACAAGGAAAAGUGGCCAGGAUGUACAGGAAGAUGUUCAUGUAAUUCAGAUGUCAACUGUGAUCCUUCAAAGAUUGGUUCUGAUAAUGGUGCUCAACCAUGCCAGUACCAAACUGUUAUAGCAGAAUACAGUGCUAAUGGCAGUGCAUCACAACCUUCCUCGGCUACAAAUGCUAGACCAACAGAAGUCAGAAGGAUAUUUACUAUGGGGCUCCCUUUCACAGGUCAUCAUGGAGGACAGAUACUCUUUGGACCCGAGGAUGGGUAUUUAUACUUCAUGAUGGGAGAUGGUGGAGGCACAGGUGAUCCCUACAACUUCUCUCAAAACAAGAAUUCAUUGCUGGGAAAGAUCAUGAGGCUCGACCUUGAUAAUGUACUAAGUGCUUCAGAGAAUGAUAAACUUGCUCUAUGGGGAAACUACUCUAUCCCAAAAGACAAUCCAGUAAGUGAAGAUCCAGAACUGAGGCCGGAAAUAUGGGCUACAGGGCUAAGAAAUCCUUGGCGCUGCAGUUUCGACUCAGAAAACCCUUCCUAUUUUAUAUGUGCAGAUGUUGGACAGGAUCUGUAUGAAGAGGUGGAUGUUAUCACCAAAGGUGGAAACUAUGGCUGGAAUGUUUAUGAGGGCCCCUAUCCCUUCAAUCUUCCAAACUCAACUAGUAAAAACACAUCCACAAAACUCACAGACCCGAUUUUUCCAAUAAUGGGGUACAAUCAUUCUGUGGUAAACAAAAAUGAAGGUUCAGCAUCUAUAACUGGGGGAUAUAUCUAUCGCUCCGCAACUGAUCCAUGCAUGUAUGGAAGGUAUGUAUAUGGAGAUCUGUAUGCUGGUGCCAUAUGGGCAGGCAGUGAAGACCCAGAAAACAGUGGCAACUUUAGCACAAGUAAAAUACCCUUCAGCUGCGGACGUGACUCUCCCAUAGCUUGUACCUCAGUCCCUGGAAGCAGUCUUCCAGCUCUCGGCUACGUUUUCUCUUUCGGGGAGGACAACCGCAAAGAUAUCUUUGUCCUGUCUAGCUCUGGUGUUUAUAGAAUUGUUCGUCCUAGUCGCUGUAAUUACACUUGCUCCAAGGAAAAUGUUACAUCUGUUGCAACACCAGGUCCUUCUGCUUCACCUAAUGAUGCUUGCUGGAUAAGUAACCCACCUAAGAGCGCAGUGUUCCUAAUCUCUUCUCUGGUACUUCUGCUUCUGCUCAGUUUUGUCUAGCAUAAAUGGCAUCUGUAUCUUAUGUAAUUAUUUCAAUAUAACAGCUUUUCUUCGUAAUUAUUUAUUUUGAGAGUACUGAUCAUAAGAGGGAUGAACAUGUUUGCAUCAUCAUAGAGAGCUACUUUGCUCAGAGAUUCAUGAUCCAAUUACAUAAACCACCAUUGAUCCAUUGAAUCAAAGUAGUUGUAUCCAAAGGUGGUGAUAAAGCUUCAUGCUCCGACGGCUGCUUGAUCAACACAAAGCGAAUGUAAGAAACUCAACAAGCUUAGAAUUAGAUGGAUGAAUUUAAAAGGUAGGAUCCAACGAAUUGCGCUAGAUGGAGAGGGGGAAAUGCAGCUUGGCCCAUUCUGGGUCUUGGAUGGCUGCAUUCCAUGCUCUGGAAACACACAUGAGUCCUAUCAAAUCCUUGGUCGAGAGCAUUGCAAGUAUGUCGUUAGCUGUUGUGGGGUAUUGUGUGACAUGCCGAAUUCAUAUGCAUCAAAAUCAACAAGGUUACACAACAUUGCACUUUGUUUUUUCACUCUAAUUUCCUCUUCUGUGGAUUCAAUAUCAUCACAAUCUGGAGCAAAGCUGAAACACAGACGGAGGGAGUACAGUCGGUACACCUCCAAAUAAGUUGAAUGCAAGUUUUUGGUGCUACAGUGUUUUUGUUGACGAGUAGCUCUAGCCGGACAAUCUCCGGAGAGCAAUGUGGAUUGGUACGUAGCUAGAUCAUGAAGAAGCUUCUCAUAGCCAGGCAGCGGAGUAUUUUAGGGAGCGUGGUGAUCGAAGGAGAAGCAUCUCUCAUAUAACAACUGCAUAUUCCAGUUCACAAUUGUAUCCUGAUGAGGA